AUGACCGUCGAAACCGAAACCGUCAGCUCUAUUCCUCAAUCGCAGAUAGCCACCAUCGACCGCUCUACCCUGGGGAGACCCGAUCUAGGAGGCUCGUUACGCAUGAAGCCAAGCACCGAGACCAUUCGACCAAGAAAGGAGAGGAAGAGGGCGACUCGCAAGGCGCCCUCGAUUAACAACGGAACGGCCUCGUCCAAGGCCGACAUCUUCGAAGCCAGAGUUGCAAGCGCCGUCGACCAGGCCAACUCAUCAGAUUCGGACGAGACGUUUGUCUACGAGUCAAACCCGCCGGAACCACAACACAGAGCCAGUCGACAUCAUUCACGAACACCGAGCGGAACAUCUCUCCAUAGCCAAAGCGACUUCCGCCAUGGAAUGCGGCCUUACGGCGACCACCGUAUUGCAGGAAAGCGGAGUAUGAAAUUCUCUAACAAUCCAUAUAGCGUCUUGGACAGCCCGGAGGCCAUGGGCGAUGGUACCGUUCGAGCACACCACGCCAGACAUAUCGGUAGAUUCGGUCGUUCUGGCGGCAGCAGUCGUGCUUCGCUAUAUGACAACCAAGACUCGCCGUUCACGCAGGCCUCCAAGCUGCGCAGCACCACAUUGUCCGUUUCUGAGCGGGCCCCUUCACGGCCGGGUACACCACGCAGUGUUCAAAGUGGCCAACAUCGAUCUUCGGGCUUGUUUGGCAGGAAGAAUGACGGUUCACAUCUUGACUACGAAGGAGAAGGCGCAGAUGACGAGCGCACGCCUAUGCUAGGAAGCGUCAGGACACCGAGAGGUCAACGAGUUUACAGCAGACGCUAUAACAGCGACAACAGCAUGCGCUCAAUUGACUACUACGGCGUCAGAGAGCCAAGAUCUAGAUUCAGCCGAGUCGGAGGUUUCAUCCUCGGUCUUUUGGUUGUUAUGAUGGUGGCCAUGGGUGCUGUUGGAUUGCUGGUCAUGUUUAACAAACCCUUGACCAACUUCCAUGUGGACAAGAUUCAGAACGUCUUGGCAAGCGAGCAAGAAAUCAUGCUGGACCUGCUAGUCGGCGCUGUAAAUCCCAACAUCCUAAGCGUUACUGUGACGGAUAUGGAUGUCAACAUAUUUGCGAAGAGCAAGUAUGUCAACCCCAUUGGCAGAGACGACGGCACUGCACUAGCGACAGCGCAGCGAAGAAGAUUGGCCGCCAGUGGAGAAGCUGGCGGUACCCCAUGGCAGGACGAACACGGUCACUGGCACGCAGGCUCGGGUGUCGACAAGGGUACGGAUCCCAUUGAAGGCGACUCACAGACGAUGCUCCUCGGAAGGAUACUACAUUUCGACCAAGCCCUAUGUUUUGAGGGAUCACCUAUCAAACGACACACACACUAUUCCCUGGGUGAACUUCGUCUUGGGCAUCCUGGCAACAAGACCGAGAGUGGAGGGUCAGAGCGAUGGGAGAGGGUACUUCAAUACCCCUUCGAACUCAUUCUUCGAGGAGUUCUCAGAUACCAGCUCCCGAUGAGCAAUCGACACCAGACAGCAGCCAUCGGAGCCAGCGUGAUAGUACAUCCCGAGGACCCAAUUGACAGUCAUGGACGUAUGCGUCUAGAAGAGGUGAAUCAUAGCGAGGAAUGGCAGUGGAUAGAGGUUGACGACUUGGAGAGGGUGUCGGCGUUCAUGACGGAGCUGGAUUAG